AUGGCCAGACCCGAGCCCUGGCUCACACCAUCUCAGCCAGCAGCCGAGUAUUGUUGGUUACCUCGCGCCGGCGACCGAAGCCGACGCGGUGUCGGCCCCGCACUGAUGAGCGCAGUACAAACAAGCAACCUUCCUGCCUGGCUCCGCGUCGUCGCCGAGGAGGAUCGCUUGAGAGUCGAGCCCAACCAGCGGCAACCGAGGCGGAGUGCAGUCGCCAUGAGGAAGCUCCCAUGUAGCCUGAGCCAUGCUGCUGGCCUAGACUCCGGCCACUACUACUACACACACCACUUCCAAGACUCGCUCCAGUGGAUGAACAGCCAAGGAGGUGUUGCCAGCUUGCUUUCGGUAUCAUCAGCAUCGGAUUCCAUCCAUCUCCUCUCCGACCACCAUCCAGUCCAGCCAACCCGAGCCCAGCAAUCUGCAACUUGUUUAGUCCAGUCUGCCUGGAACCUCUUCGAUAGCCGUAUAGUGACUUCCCACUCACCUUCGCCCCCGCCUCCUCUCCUCCAGCUCGCCAUCCCCCAGCCCAGGCUUGCUCGGCUUAUGACUCGAGUUCUUUGCCUUCUCAAGACCCUGUGA